CGGUCGUUUCCAGCACAUUCCACGGCGCUCGGCGGCAGAGCUCGCGCGGAGAGCGAGCCACGCCACCGCGAUGAUCAAGAACGGCGUCGGCUCUUACGACUGCGGCUCGCCCGAGAAAAGGAAGCGGGUGGUGCGGGUCUGGUGCGAUGGCUGCUAUGAUAUGGUCCAUUAUGGUCACUCGAACCAGCUUAGGCAGGCACGUUCCAUGGGUGAUUAUCUCAUUGUGGGAGUGCACACAGAUGAAGAAAUAGCCAAGCACAAAGGCCCACCUGUGUUUACUCAGGAAGAGCGUUACAAGAUGGUCCGUGCUAUCAAGUGGGUUGAUGAGGUUAUUGAGGGAGCACCAUACGUAACAACAUUGGAAACACUGGACAAAUACAACUGUGAUUUUUGUGUCCACGGAGAUGAUAUUACUUUGACAGCUGAUGGAAAAGAUACUUAUGAAGAAGUAAAGACAGCAGGGAGAUACAGGGAAUGUAAACGUACACAGGGGGUUUCCACCACUGACUUGGUUGGCCGAAUGCUUUUGAUGACAAAGGCUCAUCAUAGCAACAUCGAAAAAAAUUCAGACUACCAGCAGCACACUGACAACUUUGGCAAGGGGCCAAAAGGUCACAGCCCAUGGACUGGAGUGUCUCAGUUCUUGCAGACGUCACAAAAAAUAAUUCAAUUUGCUUCUGGGAAAGAGCCUCAACCGAAUGACACGAUCAUCUACGUGGCCGGGGCUUUUGAUUUGUUCCAUAUUGGUCAUGUCGACUUUCUGGAAAGUGUGUACAACAUGGCACAGAGACCAUAUGUCAUUGUUGGUCUGCACUUUGACCAGGAGGUGAACCGAUACAAGGGGAAGAAUUACCCAAUCAUGAAUAUCCACGAGAGGACACUCAGUGUGUUAGCCUGCAGAUAUGUGUCGGAGGUAGUGAUAGGAGCACCGUAUUCUGUGACUGCAGACUUACUGGACCACUUCAAGGUUGACCUUGUCUGUCAUGGAAAGACUGAAGUAAUGGUGGAUAAGGAUGGUGCUGACCCUUAUGCAGAAGCCAAGCAACGCAACAUCUUCAAAACCAUCCACAGUGGCAAUGAGCUCACUACAGAUCACAUUGUUCAAAGAAUAAUCAAGAACAGGCUGCUGUUUGAAGCGAGGAAUCAGAAGAAGGAAGCGAAGGAGCUGGCGGCUAUCCAGGCCGUCAGGAAGAGGAACGAACAGCUGAAGGAAGAUGUCCCUGAUGAGGGCAGCAAUGAAUAGACUUUUCUGACAAAACUGAAAUAUCCACUUGUGAUGUUUGUUUACACCAACACACUACAUUUUACAAACACUUUCUUUAACACUCGGUUUUUAAGGUUUACCGUGUUUUGGCAUUUUAACUUUACAAUGCAUUUUACUUGACAAAAUAUGAAUACUUUUUAAUAGUUCUAACCGCUAAAAUGAUGUGCACUGAAGGGCAUUCUAAAGACUUUGCAUGUACUAAACCAAAUUACUUGUAAAUAUCCAAAUAACUGUGAUUAUAGAGUCCCGCGCUGUAAAAACAAAUCCGUUCUAUGUGUAAUUUAAAUUAGUUAUAAAUUCUAUUUAUUCUUGUUCUGUUGACUUGGAGAAAGUCUAACACUGUAGACUAUUCAAAUAUCUUAUGUUUUUGCAGAAAAUGGAUUUUAUAUAUAUAAUAUAAAUAUAUAUAUCAUGCUUAUUUCUAUUUAAAGAUUUUUUUUAAGAUCAACAAUUAAAAUACAAGCGUUGUUGGUGUUUUCUAAAUUUUAGACUUUAACUGGUCCUCAGAUAGUGAAACAUGAUUUUAUUUUAUCCUGGUCUGGAAGGCAAUUGACUCACCCCUUGUUGUUCUCUAGACCCAUAAAAUUAUGAGCCAAAUUCCAUUUUGUUCUCUCCUCCACAAUGUAGCUGAAUGGAAAGUUGAGGCAUUUCAUUUCAAACUCUUUUUUACUACAAUCCCUGGGUGCAGUGUGUGUUCGGAAUUUAUUCUCUGGGAGUGUACAAUAUUGAAGGUCCCAGUGUCGAGUUACUGUCACCAUUAUGCACAGUUGAUGUGAUCUCAAACGGUUUGCAAGUGAAAUCUGAAUCAAUGUUUAAAAAAAAAUAAAAGCCAGCAUGUAUGCAGGGUAGCAUGUUAAACCUAUUCUUCCACUACACUGGGGGUUGGGAGGGAGGGCGGCAAAGAAACUUGGAGCAAAUUCUGAAGACUUUUGAGGGGCAUCGUAUAAUGAAAAUUAUAGGUUUGGCAAAUUUUUUGUAUUUCAAAAUUCCUUAAAACCUUUUUAUUGUGCAUCCUUAUUGUUCUUGGUGGUGAUUCAUUAUCAUGUCAGUGGCAGUGAUUAUCGUUGUUUGACAAUUAAACCGAUCUUUUUAACGCCUCUGAGACAGACCUUUGCUGAUUUCACCUCAGAAAUGACUUGUACUUCCAUUAUUUGUUUCCUCGCUGGUUCUGGAGAGCACUGUGCGUGCAUGGUGUGUUUUUAUCUGUUAGCUUUUAGCGUACAAUAGGCUGUAGCAUUGCUUUUUAAAAAUGGAUACAGCGACCAUGACCUCCUUUUAAACUGUUCAGUUUGUAAAUUGUAAUUCUCAUAAAAAACGUUUUGCUGUUUGUGUGCCGUUUUAAUGAAUGGAUGUCCUAAACUGGUCUAUAAAUAACUUUUGAACUUUCUGUCCAAAUGUUAAGUAAAUGUAUGUUGUGCGAUGUAUGCUGGUGAAACAAUUAAAACAAAAAAGCAUCUUGUG